AUGAGAUCGAACCCAAAUAGAAGAAACCCUGAUUUCUGGUGCGAGUUUCAUAAUGAUCACGGUCACAAAACAGCAGAGUGCAGAUUGUUACAAGGAGAAGUAGAGCACUUGCUAAAACAAGGUUAUUUAACCGAUUUGCUUAGUGAGAAGGGUAAGCAAGCAUAUAUGAAGAAUAAACAGGAGCCACCAAAACCUCCGUCACCGAAAAGAACGGUUAACGUGAUAAGCGGAAGAGAAGAGGUCAAUGGUGUAACAUAUACGACUGCAAAAAAGGUGUCAAAAAUCACAGUUACCCACGGAAAGCGAGUUCGCCAAGUUUUGGAAGAAGACAGUAGCUCCGUAAACAUCAUUCUAUUAAGAGUGGUCAAAGAGAUGAAAGCUGAUGACAAAUUGGUACCCAAGGCACGUACCUUAUCUGGAUUUGACAAUUCAAGCGUUGUUUCUAAAGGGGAGAUAGUACUCACCACAUUCGCAGAAGGAGUAACCAAAGAUAUGAAAUUUCAAGUGAUAGAUAUGGACAUGGCGUACAAUAUGAUCCUCGGCAGGCCUUGGAUUCACGAGAUGGAUGCUGUUCCAUCUACUUAUACAUCAGGUUAUCAAGUUCCCUUCCUAAUGGGGAAUUAG